UUUGUAUGAGACGCCUUACUCUUGCAGACUCUGGAUCAUGUUUUAAAAUGGCCAGAAACGAAGAGAAGCAACAAGGAAAAUUGAACAGACUGUGGCUUCAGAAAGAGAGAGAGGAGGGACGCAUCAAAGAUGUACAUGAGAGGAGACCCAAGCUGUCUACGCUCAAUUCAGCUUCCUCUGUGAAAAAGUGGAUCCUCAGCAUCAAGAAUGAAAUAGAAUAUUAUUUGCAGCAAUCCCAGCUGUCUCACUACCCGGAGAGGAAGAUUGCUGAGUUCCAGCUGCGCAUUGAGGCUUUAGAGAAAGAGUACAAACGCUUCAUCACCAAACUACGAGUUCUCGACCCAGCAUGCAAACAUAAGCCAUGGACUCCUAGAGCAUACUGCAAGAGGAGAGCAGACACGCACGACACUCCAUGUAUCGAUAAAAAACCUCGGCCCUGUGACUCUCAUGAAGGCAGCGGUCAGUCAUGUAGAAGUGAAAGCGAGUUGGUUGGAAAUUUGAUAGGAUGUUUCAAAACCUCAGCCCCUGAGAAACAGCGACCUCUCAGCCAAUCAGAGACCAGGUUUCAAACCCCUUUCCCCACCCACCCAAACUCAGACCCCUCAGAGGCAGUGAGUGCAGACCAGGACCGGCCCCUCUCCUUUGACCACACAAAGCUGGCGAUCGCGGCUGCUGCGUUCAGGGGACCGCCGGUUCAGCGGGGCUCCUCUCAAACACAGAGCCUCGCCUUGGUGCUGCAGUCUGGCCUGCCCAACCUUGUUAACGCUUCAUUAAUGCAAACACAGUCAACCCAGAGCAGAGACACACAGAACCAUUGUGGUGCGAGGACGGGAUGUGUUGUUGGGCAAGAGCGUAAGUCAGGCUGUGAGGCCGCAGAAAGGAUACCCGGGAAAUCAUCCAAUACUGGGACAGCGGAGGAGAGGAAAGGCCAUGUCCUGGGACUAGACUGUUAUUCUUCUUCUGAUGAUGAGGACUGCGACACGUGAUGAUCGUGAAAUGUAAUGGUCCUCUACAUUUUUAAAUGCAAUAAAGUGUUUUAUGG